AUGGUUGAGGUCAGCGCAGAGUUGCACGAGCACGACCAGUGGAGCCCGAAGACGAUGCGCUACGAUUACUGCUCGGGAGAGCCCCUGGACGAGGAUUUGUACCACAAGGGUCGCGACAACGAGCUCCAGGCCAUGGAGGACUACGGGGUCUACGUGGAGGUGGCGACGUGCUGGUGGCUGCGGAAGGCUAUGAACGGCGCCAGGGAUGCAUCGCAGAUGUGGGGAGAGCUGGUGCGGACUAUCACGGACGACGGCCACUGGGAAUGCUUGGCGGCGACACCUAACGCGUUCCACUUACCAGCGAGUCCCAGCGUUCCUGCCGUCGACGAGGACAGUGUAGCGAUUUGCCACGGAGAUGACUUGCUGGCCGAAGGUUACGACGAGCAGCUGGACGAGCUGGACGAGUUGCUGAAACGGCAGUUCGAG